AUUCUUCUCAUAAUAUAAAAAUUAAAAAAGGCACUUUAAACCUUGUAACGGUGGAAUGCGUCACGAAAGAAAUGAGGGAGUAGGCAAAUUACAAAGUAUAAAUUAUGAAUUAUAAGGUACAUUUCAAAAUGGGCAAAGGUGGGGGACGCACAGGGAAGUAGCUCUGCAAGGUGGCACUGUAACGCAGUUUACAACAACGCGACGGCGCAACUUUGCUGUGUGCUUGCUAAAUCGCGAUGCACUGAUGAUUCCACCACAGUGGGAUGGCAUAUCUUUUUUGAUGAUGCAACCCAGUAGAGUAACCCCUUUUUUCCGCCCGCAAUAAGUAUCAUUUUCCGCUUCAUCAAGAGAGACGCCGAGGAAUUUUCCCACCCCAAAAAAAAGGCGCCAUAAAAAUGGAACACACCCCUAAGAAGUGAGCACAACAGAUAGGUAGUGUGUUCCACAAAGUUUUACGGACCAUUCCACAACACGUGAAUGCCACGGUAUGAAACCCUGCACGUAAAGAAUGAUGGCUGUAGGGAAGAUGCUCCGAGGAGUGACCAUAAAAUGUGGAAACGUGACAAACGCGGUGAGAGUUCCUAGCCGAUUUAUAAGCAUGGCCCCUACGCGGAAUGAAGAAAAGGCAACACAAAAGAGGAACAAAUGGGAAUACAUAUUAUCGCUAGACGAAGCUUUAUAUCUGUCCAAAGAAAUGGGGAUCAAAACAACCACGGAGGUGCAAAAAAUUGUGAUGAGGUCCCCCCCUUUUUCGCCUGACAUGAGUCCAUUCCUCAUUGACAAUUUUUUGUGUAGUGCGAAUAGGGGAAGCCAUUCGGAUGAAAUAGCUCAAAUUGAUCAAAAGUUAAAAGCGUUAGAGGAAAGGGGAGACAACAGUCAGGAGAGUGAAAAAGGAGAAGUCCAAGUCGCUCUGCACAACAAUGAAAUGAAUGACACUGCUCAAAAUCGUGAGGAAGAUAUUAUUAACAAAAUUCUUAUUGACAAGUUUAAUAAGAAAAGGGGAAAAACAUUCAUCCAUAAUGAUAUGGAAUGGCUGGAAGAGUCAGAAGGAAUUGGGACGAACAAAAGAUCGUCUGCAUAUGUGUAUAUAAAAAGGGGCAGUGGUAUUGUCAAGGUAAAUGAUGAAGAAGAUCUGUACAUUAGAUGGCCAUAUUUUUAUAAUCGAAUGGAUGUGCUGGAACCGUUUUAUGUGACCAAUACUGCCUGCGUUUUUGAUGUCUUUAUAAAAUUGAAAGGUGGUGGAAUCAGUGGGCAGUCAAAAGCAGCUAGGCUGGCCGUAGGACGAGCUCUUCUCAACGCUUGCCCACUCAUCUAUGACGAGCUUAAGCAGCACCAUAUUCUGUACGAAGAUAUGAGGCAAAAAUUGCCAAAAAUGCCAGGGCGGAAAAAGUCAAGGGCUAUGAAGCAGUGGUCCAAGAGGUGA